AUGUGGGGAGGGAGGGAUUCCGGGAUGAUUCCCGAAUGGCAGCUGAUCCUCCAAUCCCACGGAUCCGGAAACGCUGGAAGGGCUGGGAGGGAUCAGGAACAUCAGUGUUCCCAUCCCUGUGGGACUCUGGGACACCUCAGUGUCCCCAUUCCCAGAUUCCAGGACACCUCAGUGUCCCCAUUCCCAGAUUCUGGGACACCUCAGUGUCCCCAUUCCCAGAUUCUGGGACACCUCAGUGUCCCCAUUCCUAGAUUCCGGGACACCUCAGGGUCCCCAUUCCCAGAUUCCAGGACACCUCAGGGUCCCCGUUCCCAGAUUCCAGGACACCUCAGUGUCCCCAUUCCCAGAUUCUGGGACAUCUCAGUGUCCCCAUUCCCAGAUUCCAGGACACCUCAGUGUCCCCAUUCCCAGAUUCCAGGACACCUCAGUGUCCCCAUUCCCAGAUUCUGGGACACCUCAGGGUCCCCAUUCCCAGAUUCUGGGACACCUCAGGGUUCCCAUUCCCAGAUUCCAGGACACCUCAGGGUCCCCAUUCCCAGAUUCCAGGACACCUCAGUGUCCCCAUUCCCAGAUUCCAGGACACCUCGGUGUCCCCUCUGGGGACUCUGGGUCACCUCCUCAUCCCCAUCCCUGCAGAAUUCCAGGACCCCUCAAUGUUCCCAUUUGGAAUUCCAGGUCACCUCCCUGUCCCCAUCCCUGCAGAAUUCCAGGGUCCCAUCCCUGUGGAAUUCCAGGACACUUCAAUGUCCCCAUUUGGAAUUCCAGGACAGCUCCUUGUCCCCAUCCCUGCGGAAUUCCAGGGUCCCAUCCCUGCAGAAUUCCAGGACACCUCAAUGUUCCCAUUUGGAAUUCCAGGUCACCUCCUUGUCCCCAUCCCUGCGGAAUUCCAGGGUCCCAUCCCUGCAGAAUUCCAGGACACCUCAAUGUUCCCAUUUGGAAUUCCAGGACACCUCAAUGUCCCCAUUUGGAAUUCCAGGACACCUCAAUGUCCCCAUUUGGAAUUCCAGGACACCUCAAUGUCCCCAUUUGGAAUUCCAGGUCACCUCCCUGUCCCCAUCCCUGUGGGACUCCAGGCCACCUCCGGCUCCCGGCAGCUCCUGA